AUUGUUUGUGUCCGUUUAAUUUACAAUGGAAUCUAUGGUAACCGGUUGCUCUAGUGUUGAUAUUAAUCAACGUGUUACUAUUUUAGGCCGGGUGUGUUCAGUACUUUGGCAGGGUAAGGUCCCUAGGUCUGUAUUAAACCGCUAUGACCAUGGCGAUUCUUGCAAGGGUUCACUUGACGGCGUUUCCGAGCCCGAAUCAGAUCUGGAAACCGAUGAAAUAAGUGUUAUUGGUGUUGAAUGGGACAUUUUCCGAUUUGGUAACCAUAAUGGCACUGUUGAUGGCACCUUUUACUUUUCUCCUAGGCUAGCUCUGGCAUUUCAGCGUGCUAUAGCAGAGGUAUAUAACGUCUAUAUAGACCAUGGUAACGACUGGAUUCGUGAUAAUAUAUGGAUGACUCCUGCUGAGAGUAUGGUUCGUAACUAUGGUGGCAGUACGUGCUCCUUUGUUGAGGCAUCUAAGGUUGACACUGGGAUAUCACUUUCAUCUGCUAUAUAUGACUGUUACGUCUGCGAUGACGUUGAGAAUGCGGAUACUUUAGACAAGACUCCUCAUGGCGCGGGUCAAAUUGGUCAUGAGUUUGUAGGUCGUUCAGAUGCACUUUCAUUUUUCAGUGACACUUCUAAUUUAGUCAGUUUGGGACUUGAACGCCGUCGGAUAUCACAUUUGGGUGAUUGCAGUGAAUAUAAGUUUACUCGUUUGCGUGAUAUUAACCUAUCGUACAAUUUAAUCUAUGACUGGGAUUUCGUACGUAAAGUUCUAUCAUUGAUCCCACGUACAUCAACCUUGAACCUGAGUGGCAACUUGAUAUCAACAAAUAAGGGCCCUAUUGUAUCCGAUAAACUAAAAACGCUUGUACUAUCCAGGACUAUGGUAUCGUCAUCUGACCUUGAGAUACUACUCAAUGGAUUACCAUCGCUUGACACCCUUGUUCUGUGUAACAACGCUUUUACCGAGUUGCCAACUUUCAUGGAAACAUUGCACCUAUCAUCUCUGGAUUGCAGUGAAAAUUAUAUAUGGAACUGGUGGUCUGUACUCAACUUGGUAAGUUCGUCUAAAAGCUUGACCAAGUUGGUUCUAUCCAAUAACAAGCUAUCUAACGUUUGCAUGGACCCUGCUACUCGUUCCCAGCUAUCUAUAUACACCGCUGGGAUGCAGCUAAGUGGUGGUAAUCGUGAUGCGUAUACUCAUUUACGUGAGCUCUAUUUGGAUGACAACUACAUCUACGACUGGAAGACCGUUUGUGAGUUAUCUGUUUUAUUCCAGGGGUUACGUGUAUUAAGGUUUAACCACUGUACACUGGGUAACAAGACUAGUGAUACUUUUGACAGCCUCGAUCGUCAGGUAUUGAUUGCCAUAUUCCCCAACCUGGAGGUCCUUAACGGUGUUGAGAUUAAUAAAUUCGAUCGCAUCAAUGCUGAGCGUUACUACAUCACUCUUGAGCACAGCGGUCGUGCUGUUUUUGAUGACACCAACGCUCACGUUGGACUUCCGAUAUCGCAUUUGAGUCGUUUAUCUGCUAUUCAUGGCUCUCGUGACCCUGGCCAGAGUACUGCUUCAACAUCAGCCAUUCGAUCAGUUGAGGUGUCGUUGAUCCCCGAUGGCGACUCUGACAGCUUUUUGAAGCCCGCAGUCAAGCGUAGGCUACCAUUGUCGACAACUGUGAUGGACGUGAAGAUGCUGUGCUCCAAGUUGUUUGGUAUGGACAUGCGUGAUAUCAUAUUAGUAUACAACAACGGGUCGAUGCCUAUAAGCGAGCGUAUGAUAGACAAUGAUAGUGAUUUAUUUUUGUAUGGUUUUUCUGACGGGUAUCAGAUUCGUGCUCAGUCGCGUACUAUAAAUGACAUUCGUUUACGUCGUGGCGUUAAUGCAGCUAGUUCUAAUAAAGUAACUCGAUAGUAAUGUCUGAGGUGUAUACUCUUGAGC